AUUUUGUUUGAGAGGCUCUCUCCGUACAUUUGUUUUUUAGUGUAGAUUUUUUUUGUUGGUUCUGACUUUGACUUUUCUCAUCCUCUCUCCUCUCUCCCUGUCAAGAGUCCUCAAGACCUCCAUUUGAGCUUGGGGUUAUUUAUGUCUGAUCGCAAUGGUCGAAACUCUGCAAAAAGUUGGAGUCUUUGCAGUUCUUGAUUUCUGGGAACGCGAGAAGAAAUAAUAUAUUAGUGUUUAUUUGAGAAAAAUUGGUUCAGUGGACUUCUAUCAUUCCAUCAGUUGAAAUUGGAGGGGCUAAUUUGGAAAUGAGGAAGAGUAGGAGGACUUACAGUGUAAGUGAAGCUAUGGAGUUCUUGACUAACUUGUUGGCAGAGAAGCCCUUACUUCCACUCUCGAUUUUAUCUUUCUUUUUGGUUUGGGGAAUUGAGAAGUGGUUUUUCGCUCUUACCAAUUGGGUUCCUCUUGCUAUUGCUCUAUGGGCUUCUUUUCAGUAUGCAAGUUUUAAAAGGCACAUUCUUGAAGAAGACUUGAAUAAGAAAUGGAUGCAGACAUUGCUACAUAAUUCGCAAACCACACCUUUGGAGCAAUGUGAGUGGUUAAACAAACUACUAUUGGAGAUUUGGCAGAAUUACAUUGGAAAAAGGCUUUCUUUGAGGUUUGCUCACAUGGUUGAGAGACGCUUGAAACACCGGAAGCCAAGGAUCAUUGAAAAAAUUGAAUUACAAGAAUUUUCCCUAGGCUCUCGUCCUCCACUCCUUGGGAUUCAUGGAACUAGGUGGUCAACAUCAGGUGAUCAGAAAAUCCUACAUAUGGGCUUUGACUGGGACACUGAUGAUAUAAGUGUACUAUUGCUGGCUAAGUUAGAAAAGCCGUUGAAGGGAACUGCCAAGAUAGUGGUUAACAGCCUCCACAUCAAGGGCGAUCUUCAAUUGAUUCCAGUUCUUGAUGGAAGGGCAAUCUUAUACUCUUUCAUCUCAGCUCCAGAAGUUAGGAUUGGCGUUGCAUUUGGAAGUGGCAGUAGCCAGUCUUUUCCGGCAACUGAACUGCCAUGGGUUUCUGCUUGGCUGGUUAAGGUUGCAACUGAUUUGUUGGUAAAAAGGAUGGUUGAGCCUCGACGCAAUUGUUUAGCUUUACCUGCAGUGAACUUAGAGAAAGAUGUUGUUGGAGGUGUACUAUGUGUUACUGUUAUAUCUGCAAGCGGAAUAUCGAAGGAGAAAACAAGCUCAGGGGCUACCAAUGACAAUCUUCUUGAAUCUAAAAAAAUUCAGACAUUUGUGGAGGUUGAACUUGAGGAAUUGAGUAGAAAAACAGAAGUUAGAACAGGUUCGUGUCCAAAAUGGGACUCGAAAUUCAACAUGACCCUACAUGAUAACACGGGAAUCCUCAAGUUCAAUCUUUAUGAGUGCAAUUCUGACAGUGUCAAUUUUGAUUAUCUAACAAGCUGCGAAGUUAAGAUGAGAUAUGUCUCGGAUGAUUCAACGAUAUUUUGGGCGACCGAUGGUGAGUCUGCAAUCACUAGGCAUGCUGAGUUUUGUGGCAAAGAAGUUGAAAUGGCAGUUCCGUUUGAAGGGGUUCACUCGGGGGAGUUAAGAGUAAAACUAGUAUUGAAAGAAUGGCAAUUUUCUGAUGGCUCUCACACCUCUAGAAUUUCUCACGUCGGAUCUCAACAGACACUCAGUGGCUCAUCUAACUUCCCUUCAAACACUGGAAGAAAAAUUUACGUUACUGUGAUCGAAGGUAAAAACCUUCCCUCAAAAGACCGGCGCGGAAAGUCCGGCUCUGGAACCUAUGUGAAACUGCAGUAUGGGAAGGCUCUUAAAAAAACCGGAACUGUUCAACACACAACAGAUCCAGGAUGGGACCAGAAGUUUGAGUUUGAUGAAAUCAGUGGCGGUGAAUAUCUGAGAAUAAGGUGUUUUAUUGAAGAAAGGUUUAGUGAUGAGAAUAUUGGCAGCGCACGAGUAAACCUAGAAGGGCUUGUCGAAGGGUCUCCAAAGGAUGUAUGGGUUCCCCUUGAAAAGGUUAACUCUGGGGAGUUGCGCCUUCGAUUGGAAGCAAUUCGAGCUGAUGAUCACGAAGGAUCUAAGGGCUCACAUCGUGAUGGAUGGAUUGAACUUACUCUCAUUGAGGCAAAAGACCUUAUUGUCGCCGAUCUCAGAGGUACAAGUGAUCCAUAUGUUAGAGUACAAUAUGGAAAUAUGAAGAGAACAACAAAGGUUAUUUAUAAAACUCUAACACCACAAUGGCACCAAACUUUUGAAUUUCCUGAGGAUGGUAGUCGGCUAACGUUGCAAGUGAAAGAUCGAAACCUUAUAUUCCCAGAAUCAAGUUUAGGUGAUUGUGAUAUUGAAUAUCAAAGGAUGCCUCGAAAUCAAAUGUUUGAGAGGUGGAUUCCCCUCCAAGGUGUGAAAAAGGGAGAGAUCCAUAUUCAAAUCACACGAAAAGUUCCAGACACAGAAAAGAAAUCAGGUGUAGACUCUACAUCUUCCGUAGCUAAAGCACGCCGUGAUAUUUCUAACCAGAUGAAGCAGAUGAUGAUGAAGCUGGAGUCGUUGGUGGGGGACAAUGACAUGGAAGGAGUGUCGACGACAUUGCGCGAGCUAGAAAGCCUCCACAUCACCCAAGAAGACUUCAUGGUCCAACUCGAGACCGAGCAGUCCCUCUUACUAAACAAGGUGGAUGAACUCAGCCAGGAAGUCAUGAAUUCUUCCUCACCCAAUGGCUUUGGUAGGAUCUCUACUUUUCCUUGACCAUCCCAGAAAUGGUUAAUUCUUUUGUCCCAUUGUAAUAUCAUUGUGAAUAUAUCGUAAGGAGAAAGUGUUACGUUUAUAUAUAAUACGUAGUAAUAAUAAUAACCAAGUCCAGUAGGAUCAGGGGAGGAUAUGUGUACCCAGACUUUAUCGGUACUUGGAAUGUGAAUGUUUAUAAAUGGUUUUUUUUUGUUGGUACAUAAUAGUCAUGUAACUACAAUGGGAUCUAUGUAGGGACAACAAUAUAAUGAGUAUUUUAUG